AGAAGUCUAUUAGUGAAGAGUUUAUUCAUGAAAUGCUUUUUUAUAGGAAAGUUUGGGGUCUCGCACAUAUUGCUGUAAAUAAGUGUAUGUUGCACUAUGAUCAUGAAUUUGUUAGUUCAAUUGAAGCUUAUUUAGAAAAGAUUUGUGCAAAAGAAAAUGCAUUGCAAGAAGCUGCAGGAAGACCAAGGUUAGCAGGUCAUGGUCAAAAUGUUGUAACACAUGAAAAAAGUAGUAAGAAACGGGGGCAAUAUACUUGUGGAUUUUGUAAGAAACCAGGUCAUAAUAUUGCAACCUGUCCGCAUAAAGCAAAAGA